AUGGCAAACACAAACCCGCCUCGGCCAGCCCCGACGGCCUCACAAGCGUCCUCCCCUCUUCGUGUUUUCGCCCGCCACCCGCGCCUAACCAUCGCCGGCCUCGCCAUCGUCGGCACCUGCCUCGGCUUCCGCCACGUCGCCCGCUCCUUCCGUGAGAACGAGCUGCGCCAGCAGAGCAUUCCCGGGAACCGCUACGUUAGCGUCGAGCGCAGCGGUGGGGGGUUGUAG